AUGCAAGAGCAAGACGAAUUUUCUUUACUAGAUCAAAAUGAACUUUCUAUUCCUGAAGAAGGAACUCCCAAUAGACUAUCUACUGGAGAAAAGCCUCUAAUUUCGAGAGGAUCAUAUAAUCUUCCUUUAGAUGAAUCUCCAUUAAGCUCCCAUCCUGAUGAGAAGCCGAUAGGCUCGGCCGGAAAUUAUAAUCUUCCUCCUGAUGAGCAGCCUGGAGAAGUAGAAGCUGAAGAAAUAGGGCCUUUAGAAACACGAAUUGAGUCAAAAGCUUGGAAAACUCGAGUAAAAGCCCUUGAAGAAUUAGCUGGAUUAUUAAGAAAUGAGCCAAAUCCACCAUUUGAUACUUAUUUAGAUCUGAUUAUUAAGUUCAUUUCUGACUCACAUGCAGGAGCACAAGAAAAUGGUCUUGAAAUUCUUACUCCCUUCUUUGAUUACCAAAAUGUUUUUUUGUAUUAAUAUUUUUUUGUAGGAAUAUUUUGAUGUAAUUAAUUACGAUAAUAAUGAGUUUCCAGGCGAUUAUUAUUAAAUCUUUGAUUGAUUGGUUCUUAAAAAAUAAAUUUUAUAAAUUAAAAUACUCAAAUAUUUUAAUUAAAUCAAAAAAAAUUUCAUAGAAUUUUUCAGCUAAAUAAAUUAAAAAAAAAACUUGCUCACUAGACAAAGAGGGCUUAGCAUUUACAUUGAAAAGCAACCAGAUAUGAUAGUAACAUGCAGCGAAGGACUCACAAAAGCGCUUAUUGAAAAAGGUAUUUCUAAUACAAAAGCAAACAUAAAGCAAAAGUCUGCUAAUAUUUUACUUGAUUUUUAUGGAAUUCAUAGAACAACUCAAGAACCUUUUAUUAAUGGUUUGACUGCAACUUUGAAUAAUAAAAAUUUAUACAAUAAUUUAUAGACAAACUUCAUAAUAAAAUUUUCCUAUAAAAAGAAUAUAAAAAUUAUUAUUUCAAAAUAACGAUUUUUGCCUCUAUAAAAAUGCAUAAAAAUCCAAGCAGCCGCUAUUUCAAGUGUAAAUUCAAUAAUAGGCGCCUAUGGAGCCAAAGCCUUGUCCUUUAAACCCUUUGUUUCUAUUAUGGAAAAAUUCGCAGGAGUGAGCAAUGCCCAAGUAAGAGGGGAAGCCUUGAAUUUUUAUAAAGAAACUUAUAAAUGGGUAAGGGAUUUAAUUUUCCCCAGCAUCGAGAAAUUAAAAAAAGCCCAGCAAGAUGAGCUAAAAAGAGUAUUUGAAGAAAUAACAGAACGCCCAACAGCUACCAGAUGAAUUAUAGGGCAGGAGCCAAAAUUAGAAGAAAAUAAAGCUGGAGGGCAAAAAAAGGCAGAAAUUGAUAUUUAUGAUAUGGCAGACGCCAAAGAUAUUUUUAAUAAAUAUAAUGAAAGAUGGGCAGAUGGAGUCCUUGCUAUGGAAAAGUGGGUUGAAAAGAAGGCAGCAUUAGAAGAAUUGAAUGCAGAGUUAAACUAUCCAAAACUGGCUGAAAAAAAUCCAAUUGCUUUGACGACUCUAGCAAAAAGGCUAGUUAACGAUGCAAAUGUCAAUGUUAUGAUGCAGGCUAUGAAAAUGAUAGGACUUCUUGCGAAAGGCCAAAGAAAAUUUUUCGAUAUUUUAUGCUAACUCUUUUGAGUCUACAAAAAAAAAAAUCUAUUUUUUUAAUUUUUUUUUUAAAAUGCUAAGCAAUUUUUGUCAACAUUUUUACAAAAAUUCAAAGACAACAAAAGUCUCGUCCUCCAAGAAGCCCACACAGCUCUUGACAACCUUAUGUAUAGCUUAAAUAUUGAGCAAGCCAUAGAAGACAUAAAAGAUGCCUUAGAAGACAAAACUCCAUCUGUAAAAAUAAACACUUCCCAAUGACUCGAGCGUGUUUUUACUACUAUGAGUGAUGAUCAAGUAAGCAAAGUCGCCAAAUCUAUCGCCCUAAUUUUAAAAAAAAAUACAGAUGAUAGCAAACCUGACGUCAGAAAUUCCUGCUUUAAAAUGCUGUCUUGCUUAUUGAAUAAAUGCCCGGAAAUUAUUAAUCCAAUAUUAAAAGACCUCCCGCCAGCGAAAAUGAAAAAAAUUGAAGAAGCUGGAGGAGUUUUGGUCACAAAAAGAGACAAAAGUGUAGAUAGGACAAUUAAUGUAGAAGAAGAAAAGCCAGAACUGCAAAGAAGACAUAGAAAAAGCGUGACCUCAGCUCCGCAGCAGGCUAAACCGCCGUCAAAUCCAAAGAAGCCAUCUUUGCCACCAAAAAGUCCAACGUCUACACAGCCAGAUGAAGAUAUACAGUCUUCUUUAUCCUCAGAAGAUGUCGAUAAUUUAAUUUUACCUUUAAUCCCAUCAGAAACCUUCGAAAAACUCAAAAAUGGUGCCAAUUGAAAAGAAAAACAAGCAGGUCUCCAGCAGCUGCUAGAAUGGGUGACAAAUAAUCAACAAGAAGCUUCAGAAAACAGUGAAGGCUUAUUACAAUUCAUAAAAAACACUGUAAAAGACUGAAAAGAAAACAAUUUCAACGUCAAUAAAGCUGCAUUUGACCUCAUUUCUUAUAUAGCCAAUAAUUGCAAUCUUUCAAAACGCGCAGUCUCUAUCGCAUUUUUACCUCAAGCCCUUGAUAAACUCUCCGAUAUAAAUCUGAUUAAGCCAUAUAAUGCUUGCAUUUCUAGUAUUUGUGAGUGCGUAGGACCAAGAUUUGUGGUGGCUUCUAUCAUAAAAAAUACAAAUGACUGCAAUAAGCCAAAAGUCGUCUCAGAAUGCUACUCAAUUAUAAGUAAAAUUAUUAGUGAAUAUGGGAUUCAUAUGGUAAAUAUUAAAGAAGUCGUUGAUUAUGCAAAAUCAGGGGUCUCGCAAACUAAUGCAGCAAUCAAAAAAUCAGCACAAAGCCUUAUGGUAACUAUAUAUUCACAUAUAGGCGAAAAAAUUAUUCCAUUGAUUUCUGAUAUUAAAGAGCAAUCUUUAAAGGUUUUACAAGAAGAAUUUUCAAAAACAGAAAUAAUUGUAAAUUUAAGCUAUAAAACAGCCAGAGGAGAAGAAGAAAUUAAAAUUGACCCCAAUAAAAUGCUGGAUUCACAGUUUCCUCGAGCAAAUAUAAGUUCACAAAUAAACGCUGGGAUACUUAAAAAGCUAGGAGAUUCUAAUUGAAGGAUAAGAAAAGAAGGGCUAGAAGCAGUAGAAGCCAUUAUUGACCAAAGUGGGACGAGAAUUCUGCCGACGGGGCUUGAGCUAUUUAUUAAAGCUUUAAAAGCAAGGCUAGCUGACCCUAAUAAGUCACUUGUAAGGCAAGCUUUAGGAUUAUCAUGCAAACUUGCCCAAGCGCUUGGCCUUGAGUCAGCCUCUAUAUCAAAAUCAAUAAUCCCAGGAAUCCUUACAAAUUUAUCUGAUAGCAAUUCUUUGCUAAGACAAGAUGCCCUUGCAGCUAUUAACAAAUGGUCAUCAGAAGCUGGCCCUGAAUCUAUAAUAAUUCACUGUUCUCAGCCUUUAUUGCAAGAAAACCCAGAUCUUCGUGCGGAGCUGCUAAAUUGGCUUUUAGCUCACAAAGAAAAUUUCCCAAAAUGCGACAUAAAGCAGAUGGCACCUAGUAUUUUGGCUUGUUUACAAGACAGAAGUGCAAAUAUCCGAAAUUCAGCAGAAAUUUUAUUUGGGGAAAUUGUGAAUUUGGUAGGUUUUGAGAUUUUUCAGCCACUUUUGACUGAUAUAAAACCAGCGGUUAUGAAAACACUUACAGGGAUUUUUGAUAAAUAUAGAGGGAAUGCAGAAAUUAAUAGUGAAGAUUUGCCAAGGAGGCCACCAGCAAGUGCAAAAAACACGUCGAGAUCAAAUUCUAAAGGCUCAGUGGGCAGUUCAGCAAGGAAAAAAAAUAAUGAAAAUGAUGGAUUAAAACCCCCAAAACCUGUAGCAAAACUUCAAGAACAAGCGUCACUAGAAUUUUCUAUAACUCCUAUGCCAGGAAAAGAAAAAAGACUGGAUUUUGAAGCCAAACACAAAUGAAAUGUAGAGGAGCUCAGACAGGAUUAUGUUGAAAAGCUAAAAGCAGACAUGAAGGCAGCAUUUUCUAAUGAUUUAUUCAAUUUACUAUACUCUUCAGACUUCAAAAAACAGAUUGAAUCGAUCCAAAUUUUGUCAAAUUUAUUGAAUUCUCAAAGAAGAGAAAUGGAAGACGUGAUUGAUUUAAUUUUUAAAUUUAUUUGGCUUAAGCUGUCAGAAGGGAACAAUCCACAAAUUUAUAAAGCUUUAUUUGAGUUCGCGGCACAGCUGAUUAAUGCUCUACAAGAGGAUAAUUAUUCGCUAAGUGAAGGAGAAGCAUAUCUCUUUCUUCCCAUUUUUUGCGAAAAAUCAGGACAUAAUAAUGCAAUUUUUAGGCAGAUGAUAAGGAAUAUUAUCAGAAUUAAAAUAAAAAUAAAUUUUAAAUAAAUAAAUGUUUUUUUAAAAAAAAAUAAAAUAAUAUUAUACAUAGCACAGCCAAAAUCCACCCUCCAGAAAAAGUAUUUUUAAUAGUCUUGCAAAGCUUAUCCUCCAAAAACGCUAGAAGCAAGGUUGAGUGCUUAGACGAAUUAACUAGCCUAGUUCAAGAAUUCGGCUCAGGGCUUGUGCAGCCUCGAGAUAUAAAAACAAUUGCUAAAUCUGUUAACAGCCCUGACAACAACGUCAGAAAUUCUGCUGUUGGGACUAUAGGCGAAUGCUAUAAAACUAUCGGUGACAAGAUAUGAUCCUUAAUAGGAGAAAUCCCUGAUAAAGCUAAAGACUUACUAGAGCAAAGGUUUAAGUCUCUUUCAGGGCCUUCAAUUUCUAGCAUAAAUGCAUUAAAGCCACAAUUAAGAAAAAAAGAUGAAGAACAUAGUAAAGUAGUAACACCAAGAGGAAAUAAAAUAUUUAAAUUCGAGGAUUUAAAUGAGGCUAUUGUUGACACUGAAGAAGACAGUUUUUUGCGGUCACAAAGUGAAGAAGUGCAAAUUCCUGUAAAAUCACCGAGAGAUUUAGCUCAUAAAAGGAGGAGCAUGUAUGCACUAAAUAUUGAUAAAAUCGAAAAUGAAGGGCUACUGAAGAGUUUUUCUGCAGAAAAUGUGGAGGUUCCAAGCUUAGUUAUAAGCAAUUCGCUAACAGAAACGUCGAUUCAAAGCUCAGAAGAUUCUUUAAUUCAAAUACCAAGCAUAACAGAAUCUUUAAUGCAGAUUCAGGGUUUAGAAGAUGCUUUAGUUCCGCUUCCGGGCUUAACUGAUGCUUCAAUUCAAAUUCCAAACUUAUUAGAAUUUUCAAAUCCUAGCCAAUCUUAUCAAGCUCCCAAUAUAGAAAUUUCUAGCCAACCUGAACAGAUUCUAGACAAUUUUUCGGAGCAAAUUUCUCGUCAAAAUUCAGAGCAAAUUUCUCGUCAAAAUUCAGAGCAAAUUUCUCGUCAAAACUCAGAGCAAAUUUCUCGUCAAAACUCAGAGCAAAUUUCUCGUCAAAACUCAGAACAAAUUUUACGUCAAAACUCAGAACAAAUUUUACGUCAAAAUUCAAGCCAAAUUUUACGUCAAAAUUCAAGCCAAAUUUUACGUCAAAACUCAGAACAAAUUUCUCGUCAAAAUUCAAGCCAAAUUUUACCUCAAAACUCAGAACUAAUUUCUCGUCAAAAUUCAAGCCAAAUCUCUAUUGAAGCCCCUACUCAGUAUCCAAUGCUUCAAGCUCCUCAGCCCUCCACAGCUUUUUCUUCCAUUACAAAUAUAGCUAAAAACUACCCUCCUAAGCAAGAAACAAUCCGCAUAAAAUGAGACGAAAAUCGAUUUUCUGAGUUUGAAGCCUUAUCAACCCCUCCACUAUCCAUCAAAAAUGAUGAAAGUCUUCUCUCUGACCCUCAAAAUUCAUGCACAAUUCUUGAUAAAUACAUCAAAACUCUCAUCAGCGGAAACAUGUCUUCACGUGUCGAUGCUCUUGUCGGGAUAAACGAUAUGAUUUUAAAUAACCUGGAAACCUAUAAAGAAGAAUUCCAACAAAAAGCUGACUUAUUAAUAGACGCAAUUUCCAAAGUCUUUAUCAACACAUUUGAAAGGCCAAUAGAAGACGUUCCUUUACGCUUUGCUAAAUAUUUUUUAAACGUUGUUCAUAAGGUUUUUUGCACAAAAUUAAUAAUGCAAGAAAUCAGUGAAAAUUUUUUAUUUGUGGUGACUGAACAAAUAUUUAAAAGGCUGCUCAUUGAAAAUCUUGAAAAAAUAGGGGAUAACCGGGAAGGGGAAAUUAUGAUGAAAACUCUAAAUGGAGCUAUGCUGAAGGUGCUAGAAUAUUGUAAGCCGACAAUAGUGUUUGUGGUACUGAUAAAGCUUUUAACGAAAUAUAUAAAUGAUGCAAAAUUACCAAAAAUUCCUGGGAUUAUAAUUAGGUGCUUAUUAAAAUUAGGCAAAAUUUUAACUCCCCCCCCGUGAGUGAACAAAAAACCAUUAGAAAAAUUGCUAUUUUUUGCCCAAAAAACCCACCUCCGUGAGUGAACAAAAAUUUUUUGAUAUAUAAAUGAUAAUUAUUAUAAUGAAAUCUAGAGCUAAUUCUGUUUAAUUUUAAACGAAUUGCUUUUUAAAACAUAAAAUUUUAUAAAUUAAAUUAAUAUUUGCUUUCCAAUUUUUGCGAAUUAGGAUUUUUUUAAAUUUCGAAAAAAAAUAAUUUUUAUAAAAUUAAUAUAAAUUUUUUUAAAAAAGAAAAAAUUAACCCCCCUCUGUGAGUGAACAAAAUUUUUUUGUUCGCUCACGGAGGGGGGGGGGGUAAACAGUUUUGUUUCUCAAUUAGAAAUUGAUAAGGUCUUAAUUGUGAUGCAUGAGUAUUUAACUGAAAAUAAAACAAAAGCUGCAGCUAAAAAUGAUGAAAUGGUGAUAAAAGCUAUCAAAACGAUAAUUAAUGAGCUAGUUAAUUUGAAAGGAGAAGCAAUUUGGGAGUCAUAUUCUGCUAUAAGAAGCCAUGAAAAGCUUGAUAAAGAUAUCGAAAAGUGAAUUAAUUCAUUUCUUGCAAAAAAUACCACAAAUAUUAUGAUAAAUUCACCACAGAUAUUGAAGACUCCACAAGACCCUAUAUUAAGCUCAAUCUUUUCUCGCUUAAAUGAAGAGCUUGACUAUGAUUUAGCAAUAAAAGAACUUUUUGAGCAUGUCGAAAAAAAUCCAAAAGCAGAUUUAGCAGCUUUUUUAAGCCAAGCUUCACCAGAACUUUAUAAUAAAAUUACAGAAGAUCUACACAAGAUGAGGGAAAAUAAAAAUGCAGAAAAAGAGUCACAUACAGAUGAAAGCUUAAAUAUUCAAGAAUUUCAAAAUCGCUUAUCUAUGAUGAAACAACGAUAUGGCCUGUCAGCUUCAAACCAGCCUAUACAGCUAAGCACAAAUUUGAUGGAAUUAAAAGCCAAAUUUAGCAAUCUGCUAAAUAAAGUAAACGAAUAA